AUGAUGAGCCAAAAGAAUGAAGCAAACAAACCUCAAAACAGAAAAUGGCAGCACAAAAACAAAACCAUCAAUUCCCCCUCCACCCCCACCGCUGCCACUUCCUUCUGGGCUCGAAAAACUGCUACUAUAAGCGUGACUAAUCAGGAGAUUGCUAAGUUUUGGAGGCAGAAGCACAUUGAAGAAGAGGAUCACCUCUUUGCUGCUGAAAAGGCAGCAGCACGGGAAGAGGACUACAAGCGAUUUGAAGAGUCUUUGAAAGAUGAAAAUGGCACCAGAGAUACUAAGGAGUACAACAUUAACGCCACCCUUAGUAGUAGUACAAAAGAUGAAAACAAGAAGGAAGUGCGUGUUGGCAUAAAGGAUUGGUGGACCAAGAGCAAGUAUGCAUACUUGAAUCAACCAGCCAUUGAAUUAAUGGUUCCUGCAAAAAGAAGUUCCAACUACGUUCCAAAUGGUUUCUCAUUUAAUUCCACUCCCCUCUGUAACAUCUCUCUUGGGAGGUAUUGCUUCUAA